AUGGUGGAGGAUUUCUGCUAUCCAGUCGAAAACCAGAUACCGCCAGAGCAAGAUAAGGACGACAAUUUUCCAGGUUCUGCUCCUCUUUGCUCUAAAAUCAAUCUUUUGCCUGCUGGUGUUCAAUUGUCGUGUGAGUCUCUUACACACUCAGACAUCUUGAAUUGCAACAAAAGAAUAAACAACAGAGGUAUGGGGUUGGCGUCUGAAGGUCUGUGGAAGUCUAUGAAUAGUUUGGGCAUCGUUCUAAAUUCAAAGGAGAAAUUUGAUCCUGUUCAGAAAAUUGUGGAUCUUGAGACUAGAGACCGUAAGGAAGGUAGGAGUCCUAAGGCGAACAACACUGAGGAGACUAAGCUGACAGGCAUAAAUGAGGGUAUGGUAAAGGAGAUGUGGGGAGAGGACAGGGUUGAUUUUUCUUAUCUGGAUGCAGUAUGGGCUUCAGGAGGGAUUUUAAAAAUGUGGAGAAAGGAUUUUUUCAAGUUAGUGUUCAACUUUAUAGGCAAAGGUUUUCUAGGGCAGUGCGUGGAGAGAGAUGGAAAGCUGAUAUAUCCCGUUAAUGUCUACGCUUCCUGUGAUAAUUCGAUUAGAAUGAUCACUUGGAAGAAGCUUGUUGAGUGUAGUCGAAAGUUUCAACAGGGAGAUUGGAAGCAUUGGGGGCUGAAACCCUUUAAGUUCAAUAAUGGUUGGAUUAAGCAUCCGGAUUUUGGUAAAUUUGUGAAGGAGGAAUGGAGCAAGAUAGACGUUAAAGGGAGAGGGGACUUCUGUAUGGUUGAGAAGUUGAAGAUCCUUAAGGGCCGGUUGGCUUGGUGGAACAAAACUGUCUUCGGAUGGAUUGACUUAAACAUCAAAAGUGCGCAUAAAGAGCUGAGUUUUUUAGAUAACACGUUUGCUAAUUUUGCAGGUACUGUUCAAGAUGAGGAGGUGAGAAGGAGGGCGAAUGUGGUGGAAAUUUUUGGGACAACCUUUUUAAGAAGGAAAGUUUUGCUUAGGCUGAAGUCCAGACAAUCGUGGCUCGUUGAGGGAGAUAAUAAUACCCGGUAUUUCCACUGUUCUUUAAGAGGAAGAAGAAGCAAGAAUAAUCAGUGUUCUUUACAAUAUAAUGGAAGGAGGCUAGAGGAUGUGACCGAUAUCAAGGAGACUGUUUUUAAUCAUUUUAAUGGCUUCUUUAUGGAGCCUGAGCAGGGUAGACCAGUUUGCGAUUUCUCUAACUUGAAAUCCUUAUCUCUGUUUGAUUCGUUGGAGAUUGAAUGUCCUUUUUCUAUGGAAGAAUUGAAGGAGGCUUUAUGGGAGUGUGAUGGAAAUAAGAGUCUCGAACCGGAUGGUUUUUCGAUUGAAUUCUUCAAAAGCUUUUGGUUGCUUCUCAAGGAUGAUUUAUUUAGGUUCUGUACUGAUUUUUUUUCCAAAGGCAAGUUGGUAAAGUCUAUUACUUCGGCGUUUAUAGCUUUGAUUCCUAAAAAUCUCAAUCCCCAAGUUUUAUCCGAGUUUAGGCCCAUUUGCUUGGUUGGGUGCCUCUACAAAAUUCUAUCCAAAAUGCUGGCAGCAAGGCUUAAAAAUGUGUUAGGGAGUCUUAUUUCGUGUAACCAAUCAGCUUUUGUGCCCGGUAGGAAUAUGUUGGACGGUGUCUUGUUGGUCAAUGAGGUUAUUGAUUGGGCUAAACGCAAUAAGCUUAGUUGUCUCCUCCUUAAGGUUGACUUCGAUAAAGCUUACGACUCCUUAUCGUGGAAUUUUCUUAGAGACAUUUUGGUGAGGAUGGGUUUUGGCAAGAAGUGGAUGAUGUGGAUGGAUGCUUGCAUUUUCUCCAGCCAUUUGUCUGUGCUUGUAAACAGGAGUGCUACUAAUGAUUUUAAGGUUCAAAGAGGGUUGCGUCAAGGAGACCCGCUGUCCCCGUUUCUCUUCGUGUUCGCUAUGGAAGGUCUCACAUAUUUGGUUAGAAGUUCGGUUGAUUUGGGUGAGUUCAAACCGUUUAAGUUUGGGAUAGACGAGGGUGUGGAUAUUCUCCAAUUUGCGGACGACACCGUUAUCUUCGAGGAAGCCUCAACCGCGAACUUGUGGAAUUUGAAAGUUAUCUUGAGAGGGUUUGAGUUAAUUUCAGGUUUGAAAAUAAAUUUCACAAAAAGUAAUGUUAUGGGUGUGAAUGUGGGUAAUUGGAUUUUGGAUGCGGCAACAAAUUUUCUCGCUUGCAAGAGAGGUAAUACUCCUUUUAUUUUUUUUGGGAUAAUGGUGGGUGCUAGUCCUAGAGAUAAGAAGGUUUGGACAAAAGUGCUGGAUAACUUUAAGAAAAGGUUAGCUUCUUGGAAGGGGAGGCAUAUUUCUAUAGGUGGGCGGGUGACGCUAAUCAAUGCGGUGCUAAAUGCUAUUCCCUCCUUUACGUUCUCGUUUUAUAAAGCUCUUAUUAAAGUCUUGAACGAAAUCAAAGGAAUCCAACGGGAAGGGAUUAAUGCGAAUGAUUUGAGGUGGUGGCGUGACGUUCUUUCCAUUGAUACUAAAAGGGAUGAUUCUGAUGAAGGGUUCAGCUCGUGUGUUCAGUGUAUAGCUAACAAUGGCACUAACAUUUCUUUUUGGCAUAGCUUUUGGUUGGGAAAUCAAUUGCUCCGAGUCUCUUUUCCGGAUUUGUUUGAUCUUUCAACCAAAAAGUAUGCCACUGUUGGUGAUAUAGUCGAGUGGGAUAAUGGCAAUCAAUGCUGGAGGCUGGACACUUUAUUCGAUUCUGUUUUUUAUUUUCAGGCCUUAAGCACAGCGGGAGGCGUUCUGUCGACUAAGUGGCAGCAGAUGCUGUCCUUGGUUAACACAGUUCCGUUGGAUCCUUCCUCAGAGGACUCUUUUGCGUGGAUUCUUAAGCAAGACGGUAUUUUUACGGUGGCUAGUGUGGCUGCCUUGUUUGAUGAGCAGAAGGAGACAGCUUGGAGUUCUUACAUCAACAAGAGACUGAGCAUCAUAUGGAAGAUGACCAUACCGCUAAAAAUAAAAAUCUUUGCUUGGAGGUUGUUUAUUUCCAGAUUGCCCUUGAAAGACAUGCUGGUGCGUAGAGGAAUGGCUGCGAACAUCAUUGAUCUCAACUGUCCUUUUUGUGACGGCCAGGAGGAAACCUUGACCCACUUGUUCUUCUUGUGUCAAGCUUCUAAGAAUGUUUGGGAAAAGGUUUUUUCGUGGAUUGGGGUCAGUUCCGUUUUUUCUCUAGAGGAGUUCAUGGGUCUUGAUGACAUUCAAGUGAAGGUGAGGAACUCAGUUACCCGAAAUAAAGUUAAUAUCAUCUGGAUGGCAACUAUAUGGAGUUUUUGGCUUAUGAGGAAUGGCAUUGUUUUUGAUAAUGUUCCUUUUAGCUUCGAGUCGGUGUUUAACAGUGUUAUGUUCUUGUCGUGGCGUUGGUCGGAGUGUAGUCUUUUGUUACCUCGAUCUAGUUUCUAUGAUUGGUACAAGUUACCUAUCUAG